UUGAAGUUAAAAAGAUGUGGUCUGAUCGACGUGCUUUGAGUAAUAAUGAACAAAUAUCAAUGAUUAUGAUUGAUUUAAUCAAUGAACGUUGCAACAAAAUUAGUGAACGUAUUCAAUGUAUUUAUAAAUAUAAAAAUCAACGUUUUCGAAGAAAGUGUCGUGAAAAAGGUAUGAAAUCAAGAAGAAUCGAAAAAUUAUUACAUCAACGUAAGGUACUUCAUGAUAAAAAGAUCAAUCGAACUGACAAUACAAUAAAAAAUGCGACGGCAUUGAAUAAUGAGCCAAAUCAUAAACGUGGUUCAUCAACUGAACUAAAUUCAAUGACGAAACUUACGAAACGUAAAAGAGAUAUAUCAUUACAAGAUGUAAAAUUAAAUACAGGAAUACCAAAAUCAACAAGUUCAAUAUCAAUUGCACUAACAAAAUUGAAGAAGAUGAAAAUUAGAAUUAACUUAAAUAUUCUAACGACGACUUUCAUUUACAAUACUGUUUAUAAACAUAAUCAGUCAGUAUUAUUGUAUCAAAGUUUAACAAAAUUAUAA